UGGAAAUUGACGUUAAAGUCAUCUUAAAAUAAAAGAUAGAAGAUGAAGAUCAACUUUGACAUAACCUGAAAUAUUUAAAAAUAUUAUGACUUCCAAAUUCAAAAUUUUUCUGUGAUAAUCUUCAACAUCAAAAUUACAAUGUUCAAUGUUCUCACAAGGGUUGUUACAGCGUCUCAACUUGCUGGUUUGAGAAAGUUCUGUAUAAAAACUGCAGAAUCCAGAGUGAAAUCCUCCUACACUAACGCAAAAAUCGGCCAACCUACUUUCGAAACCCAUUCCCACCUUCUCAGUGAAGGCGAGAUUACACCUUUGAUAACAAGAAAUGAAUAUCAGUUGAGAAGAUCCAAUCUUGUUCAGUCCUUACUAACAUCAGCUGCCAAAAAUGGACAACCACGGAAAAAUCACCUUAUAGUUAUUCCAGCAGCCAGUAAGCAAUACAUGUCUGACAAAAUACCAUAUGUCUUCCGGCAAAACACUGAUUUCCUGUACCUUGUUGGUUGCCAAGAACCUGACUGCUGCCUUGUGAUUACUAUAUCAGAUACAGGGGUCCAUGACAGUAUAUUAUUUACUAGAGACAAAGAUGAACAUGCUGAAUUGUGGGAUGGACCAAGAACCCAUCCAGAAGAUGCAGCUGCUUUCUUUAGUGUGGAUCAAAGUCUCCCCAUGAAGGAAUUGGAAAAGUUUUUGCACUCAUUUAAAAAGUCACACAAAGAUAGUAUACUCUGGUAUGACUUCAUGACUCCCAUUCAUCAGAACCUUCAUAACAUAAUUGUUGGUUUUAUGGCAGAAUUUGGUAACAAAAAGUGGGAGAAUCCAAAGUCCCUUCUGCAUCAUUUGAGGCUGUAUAAAAGUCCAGCAGAAAUUGCAUUAUUGCAGAAAGCAUGUGAUAUAACUGCACAGGCCUUCAUUGAAACUAUGUCAUGUUCAAAGCCAGGAAUCGGCGAGAACCAACUUUUUGCUAAAGUUGACUAUGAAUGCCGUAUGAGGGGGGCAGAUUUUUUGGCAUAUCCACCAGUAGUUGCUGGAGGAAAUAGAGCGACGAUUAUUCAUUACAUUAAUAACAAUCAGCUAGUCCACGAAAAUGAGAUGGUAUUGAUGGAUGCAGGUUGUGAAUAUCACGGUUAUGCUAGUGACGUCACGAGGACCUGGCCCGUAAACGGGAAAUUCACUGCUGAACAACGGCAAAUCUACGAAGUGGUUUAUUGUGUUCAUCAAGAACUGAUCGAAUUAUGUGGAAAAUUCCCCAGCUUGGAUACGCUGUUCGAAUCUAUGUGUUUCUUAUUGGGAAAACGACUGCAGGAGAACGGUCUGUUGGGCAUACAGCCAUCCAAUGCCUAUCUAAUGAAAGCAGCUUAUCAGCUGUGCCCUCAUCAUGUCUCCCAUUAUUUGGGCAUGGACAUACAUGACACUCCCUCUGUGAGCAGAAGCACCAAAAUCGAACCAGGAAUGGUGAUUACCAUAGAACCAGGAAUUUACGUGAAUGCAAAGAGUAAAUUGUUGCCCAAAGAAUAUCGAGGAUUGGGUAUACGAAUCGAGGAUGAUGUGUUGAUUACUGUCAAUGGACCUGUUGUACUGAGCAGGAAGUGUCCAAAACACAUAGAUGAAAUCGAAAAAAUCGUAAGUGGCGGUUCAUUAUAGUUUUAUGAAGUGUAUUGAAUUGAGAAACUUUUUAUAAUUGAGGACGUUUUUAUCUUGAAUGUACAAUAAAUUAUUUUUCAAAUGUUUUUAUUCAACUUGUAUCAUUUCACUUACUUACUACAGGAACAUUAUAGGAAUUUGCUUUCUUGU